AAACUAAUGCCUGAGAAGAAGCAGCAGCUGCCAUGGAUAUCCCAGAGAUCUCUUCAUCCUUGCCUUUUAUUAGAUUACUUUCCAUUCUCUACCCUCUGAUCCUUUCAUGUAAGGUGCUUGCCUGCAAUCCUAAUGACCUAACGGCCCUUAGAGGCUUAGCUGGUUGUUUGGAAUCAGAUAUUGGCGGCUGGAAUGUCUCUAACUACGAUUGCUGCUCUUGGACUGGUGUCACUUGUGCUAACUCCACCAGCUCAAGCCUGAGGGUUGUUGGGCUAGAGCUCGGGAGCAACCGGCUUUAUGGAACUGUCUGCGAGUCAUUGUUGGGUUUGGAUGAGCUGAAAACCUUGAAUCUAUCCAACAAUUUUCUUCAGGGUUCACCUACCAGAUUUUUUCUGUUUCAGAAUCUGGAAAUUCUUGACCUGUCUAGCAAUGACUUCGCGGGUUCCCUCUCGGCUAGCAUCUGGUUACCCUCAAUUACUUCCUUUAACAUUUCACACAAUCAUUUUUCAGGUUCUCUCAAUUUUUCCCUUUGUGACAUCUCAACCAACAUCCAAGUUCUUGAUGUUUCAAACAACAAUUUCAAUGGAGAAGCUUUAACCUUUUUCCAGAACUGUACUUCCCUGCAGAAUGUUUCUUUCAACGGAAACAGUCUUUCCGGGGCUUUACCGGCGAAUCUUCUCCAAUUACAAAACCUUCAACGACUUCAUCUUCAGGAUAAUCAAUUCUCCGGCCAACUGGAUGAUAGAAUCGGCAACCUCUCUAGUCUUGUUGAGCUAGAUGUCUCCAACAACAACUUCACCGGAAACAUCCCGGAUAUGUUCGGUAGCCUAGGAAAGCUCGAAUACUUUACUGCAACUUCAAACAAAUUCAGCGGUAAGUUGCCCAAUUCUCUAGUAAAUUCCCCUUCCCUGGUAAAGGUUGUUCUUUCAAGGAACCUCCUGUCUGGUCCGAUCAAUUUCAACUGUUCCUCCAUGGUUCGUCUCUCCACCCUCAACCUUGUCGGUAAUAAUUUCUCUGGUCCACUCCCGGACAGCUUAUUCUCUUGCAAGACCUUGACAGCAUUCAAUCUCGCAAGAAACAAUAUCGGCGGUGAGAUCCCAAACAACUUCAGAAAUCUCCAGGCACUGAAAUACCUAUCCCUCUCCAACACCAGCAUCAGCAACAUAUCCUUGGCUCUUCAGAUCCUGCAGAACUGCAAAAAUUUAACCAUGUUGAUCCUCGCCCAUAACUUUGAUCAAGAAGAAAUGCCAGACAAUUUGGAUCUUCAAUUCAAAAGCCUGAAAGCACUGACUUUAACUAAACUGCAGAGCCUAAUUUACAACAAUGUCUCAGUGGAGAGAUUAGUUCCCGAGUUUCCUCUGGUCAAAACGAGACAGAAUGUUUCAGGGCUGCAGUAUAUUGCAAUUGACAGUCUACCACCGACUCUCGAUCUCAGCAACAACAGACUGACCGGCCCAAUCUUGCCGAGUCUCGGAGAUUUAAGGCAGCUACAUGUUCUAGACCUGUCUCAUAACCAAUUCUUCGGAACCAUUCCAGGUAGCUUGUCUGGAAUGAAAAGCUUGGAGACGUUGGAGCUGGCAUAUAACAAGUUCUCCGGUGAAAUACCUCAAUCAUUAGUACAACUCAGCUUUUUAUCCAAAUUCAGUGUAGCUUUCAAUCAACUGUCUGGGGAGAUCCCCACCGGAGGACAGUUUAUGACGUUUCCGGGUUCAAGCUUUGAAGGGAACUCGGGUCUCUGCGGGACGAACUUAAAGCCCUGCAACGUUGGACGGACUCCAUCUCCACCUCCCCCUCCUCCUCAGCCUGGCAGUUCCGACGAUGACAAAAUGGAAAUUUUCGGUCUCAAUUUUGCAAUCGGGGUUGUUUCCGGUUUUCUGGCUUCGGCUCCCUGUUGCUUCACUUGUCUGUUUAAGCUUCCUCGGAGGCAUGGAAAUUGAAAUGUGGGAUAUCACUCUGACACCAGAUAGGAGAAACAGGUAUUCUGAUGAAAAUAAAGCUGAUGUUAGGCAGGAUAGAUUAGCGUACAAUAAUGAGUACUUUUAAGUAGAAAGUAUAUUUGGUCAUGCAUGCGACCUUAAAUGUUUUCCUCAGCCAUAACAUGUAAAUCUUAAUGUUCAUGUCAUCCAAAAGAUCUUAAUGUUGGUCAUGCACGUAUGUAUUGGCAAUAAUUUAUAAUUUUAUUG